CUUGGCAAGAAAGCGAGAGAGUCUUCAAAAGCCUCGGCUACACCGUGUCUGAUGCUGCCGAAGCAGAAGUGAGAAGUAGCUUCCACGAGGAGGCAGAGUUUAUCAGUGAAACUGCAACUUCAGGGAAAGGAAACGUGCCUACUUUGUCAAAAGAGAGUCUAUCCAAUGGAAUGCCUGGUUGCCGACAAGCAGACCUUUCAUAAAUCAUGUUUCCGGUGUCACCAUUGUGGCAGUAAAUUAAGCUUGGGAAAUUACGCUUCUCUCCAUGGAAAAAUAUACUGUAAACCCCAUUUUAAGCAACUUUUCAAAUCCAAAGGAAAUUAUGAUGAAGGUUUUGGACACAAGCAACAUAAAGAAUUAUGGAUUCCCAAAGAUCAAAAAGGUCCCAUUGGCUGUGUUCGUGCUCAAGAAGUCCAUCCACCCAUCUCAAAGACAGAUAAACCAACCGAUCAAAUUUCAAAUUCUGGCAGGCGGCGAGGGCAUCGUGAAACUUUGGGUGAGAAUUUAAAACAAAACACAGAGUGGGGAAAACUAAACGUCACAUGGCCUCCUUCUAUGGAAACACCCAAAAAAUCAUUUUCUAUUGAGGAGGAGGUUAAAGUGAAUAAACCAAAAUGGCCACCAGAAGUUCCUGAACAAGAGGCCGUCAGGACCUGUCUAAAUCCAUGUGUGGGUGACCGAAACCAGCAUCAACUGGCAAAUGGCGAUGACUAUAUUUGGGAAACCAAGGAGAAAAAGAGAGGUGAAACUGUUGACUCGCAAUCAAAUGGCCAGCCCUUUCCUACUCCUGCAUCUCAGGGAGUGGAAGCCACAAAUACCAGUAUGACAAGGACAUGCGAAGUAGGCAAAAAGGGGGGAAAUGAAACUAGGCAAGGGAAAACAAGUGAAGCUGAAGAAUCAGAAAAGGAGAAGGAAAGUGGAAAGAAUGUGAAAGAAUGUGGUAACACGACUAUGAAGGGUACAGAAAAGGAGAUGAAUAGAAGAAAUAGCAAGGCUGAUGUUGCGGAAGUUAUACCAGUUACUAACACAGAUGAGGACAUCAUAUUGCCGAAUAAUAAGGAUAUCACUUUCAACAGCAGCAACAACAACAACAACAACAACAACAGUUGUAUAUCUGCUUUUCCGCAUCAGAACAUUGGGAGACAGGAAGUAUAUCUUGGUGAUAUGCACUCUCUGUUAGGAGAAUUGAGCCACGCAAAGAGCGCUCCCUAUGAAUAUGCAUUUGAAAGGCUAGAGAGAGACACAGGAAACUCAGAACAGCUCAGCAGAACUGACCCUGACAUGGGCUACUCCACUGAGGCUUUAAAUCUCGUUGAAGAAAGCAUCAAAAGGAAAGUUACCACUACCUCAGAUAAUCUUAUUCGACAUAAUAAUAAAAUUGCCAGUUGUAAAAAACCACGCACUAGCAACGCCGUCAUUUUAAAGGAGGUCGCUAAUGCAACAUAUCCUUUGGAUAGUGAGUUACUAGGCACCAGGGAAGCAGUCAGACAUGCUAAAAAGUUAAAUACUAUUUCAUCCGGUAACGCAGACACUUUUUUUUUACCCCGCAAUGACAGCAUUGGUCUGUUGGGCUCUUUUGGCGCAACCCAAGAUGUUUCCAGACCACAUUCAAAAGACGAUAUGAAUGGUCGUAUUAAUAUCUGUCAAGCAAAGGAAAUUAUGCAGAAAGAUACAAGCAUAAAUGCACUGGACUCAAGCUGUAGAGCUGUUCUGUCUUCUCAAGAAGAUUAUGUCAAGAUGAGGAAGCCAGCUGAUGGAGAUCAAUUUAAAGGAAAUACACAGUAUGAUGAUAAUGAGUAAAUGCAGUCCAAUUGACCGAGCAUAAUUUGUUAACUGUGGUUAAACGUUUAUAUAUCCAUUAUUUAUGAAAUAUACCUUUCACAUCCGGCUACCUGCCAUAUCUUUUUGUAAACACUUAAACCACGAGGUCGCACCAGAAAACCUUUAUUUGUACUCUAUUUCACCAAUGAUUUACACUUAAUUUGCUGGAGGUGUAUUGGAAUUCAUGUAUAGCUGAGAAAUAUCUGUCAUGUCUGUUCAGACAAAGAUAAUCUGUAUUUUUAAAAAAUGUUUAUUAAGGGCUACUUCAUACAUGCAAGUGCAUCUCCUGUUUACCCAAUGUUUGAUAGCUCUGGCUAAAGGUGUGAACUGAAAUGUAUCUAGUUUGAGGUGACAUUGCGUGUAUGAAAAUUCUCACUGUGGUUUUAGCUCUUAUGAUGGGUCCCUUCACACAUGCUGUAGAUCAUUGUGUUAGUGUUGCAUUCAAGAGAUGAGCGUGCAUGUGUGACUCCAUCCCUGGAAAAACAGGCUACAAUAUUCUUCUCUUCUACUGCACUUUUUCAAAUAUAUGCUUUAUCUGUUGUAAUAAACUUGGAGAUGGUGCACCUGGUGUGCUCUAAGAGGAAGACAAAGGUUUCUAAAGAUAUUUUUUUCACCUACUGUUAUUACUGUAAGUAAAUGAGCUGUUGUUUCAUGAUAUGGUAUGUACAUUUGCUUUCUUAGCUAUAGGAGUAGCAUUGUUUCUUUUUCAUUUUUUUAAAGAAAAGAAAUAUUGAAUCAGAGUCCUUGGUUGAAAUAGAUCAUCAUAUAAUGCACCAUAAUCCAUUUAUCCAGCAUUUGCACAUUAUACAUAUCGUUUUUGUCGUUGAGGUAUGAUGUGCCUUCACAUUUUUGAAUCCAGUGUAUACAUUAUGUUGCCUGAAAACCAAAAAUAAGGUGCAUGAUCCAACCAAAGUUAAGCAGUAUGCAGCAAGAUCCUUUGCAUAUUUUCUUAAAAGUAAGUACUACUAAGUUCAAUAUGGCUUACCUGCAUAGAUUUGCACACUAAAAGUCCCAUUUAGCUCAAUGAGAAAACAGUAAGCUAAGUUUCUCCCAUUGGAAUCAAUAGGACUUCAGCUUGCUUGUGUUGAGCUGAUGUGCAUUCAGAGAACUUCUACAGAAAUAGUGAGCUGGUGCGCCAAUGUUAAUUCACUGAAAUAUUCCAACGUGACUGGAAACGAAACCAGGCUCUGGUUCAGUUUUAGAAACACGUAGCACUUUUGAUGACUGACUUUUAUGUACUGAAUAGCAGUGAUUUUUCUAGGUUAACAGUAGUCGAGCUUGCAUGAAAGCACUUCACUGAGCAGUUGACAAUGCCUAAUAAUAAAAAAAGCACUUUACAAAA